AUGGUCUCCGACGAGACAUACGAGAUCUGCCUGCCAGUCCUCCAGGACUCGGCCAUAGAAGAGGAGGACAAGACGGACAAGCUAGAAGAACUCUUGAAAAACGAGACGGCUCUGACCGGCCAGUCCCUGGAGAAUGUUGUGCUGGACGUGCUUUGGCGCUAUCGAGAAGGGGGUGGUAAUAACGCCUCCCCUCCCGCCAUCCGGCAGACCAUUCUCAGGAGACCUUCGCCAGCCUCGUUCAGGACCACGGCUACCCCUCUCUCCGGCUCACCCCGUCUCGGUGUCAGUCCGCUCGCACCUCCCGGCUUCAUGCCCUCGUUCAACCGCACCCUGUCGUCGGCCGCCUCCCCCUUUUCGUCUCCGCGCCCUUCGCCCCGUCUGGCGUUUUCGACACCAGUCAUACCUCACAGCCCCAAUCUGAACGCUUACGAGUUUGCGAAUGACCCAGAGCCGUCGCAAGAAACGUUUGAGGACUACGCCUCCGACAACGUGGACUGGCUUGUUGGCGAUGAUGCUGUUAGUGUCGCAUCCUCCUUUGGCACGUCCAGUGGAUUAAAUGCAAACGCGCCCGAGUUCUCGUCUCAACAAACCCCGAUGAGACCACACGAUGUCCUGCGAUCGAUUCUCGGCGAGUCCAGAACGGACGAGGAGAUUAGUCAAGCACUGCUGGUCCAUGGCUAUGACCUCGGGGCAGUGCUUAUAUCAAUGAUGGACAACCAGGAUGCUUCAACGGCGAGCACGUCAGCCGAAGGCAAUGGCUACUUGGUCGGAAAGUCCAUGACUCCAGAUGCACGCCCAACCACGCCAGCCGAUCAGAGGUCCGGGGUAAUCUGCAAGUUCUACCUCGCAUCGGGCAGCUGUAUGCGGGCAGAUUGUCGAUUUAGCCAUGACUUGAGCAGCCACAUUUGCAAGUAUUGGAUGUCAGGCAACUGCCUCGCCGGGGAUACGUGCAUUUUCUCGCAUGAUCCGGCGCACCUCAUGAACAAACUCAACGUUGACGGCACAGACACGCCGCCCACACAGAAGUCCCCAGCAAACAUCCAGGUCCAGGACUUUUCCAGCUUCCCGUCUCUGGGGUCUGGUGGGCCGGACUCGAUCCCUGUCUUCACACCUUCACUAGGUGUCACUCCUCCCCCUGGUUUCAAGAACAUACACCCAAAUGAUCACCGCCCUCGUUCCCGCCCCGGCAGUCGUCACCAGCAGGGCAAAGAAAACGCCCAGGCGGCGCCAUCCCUCGACGACAAUGAGGCUUUCCCGACUCUUGGCUCUGCUGCAGCCAAGCCGGGGAAGAAGCACCAUGGGAAAAGAGGCGGACACGGCCAUGGGCCAAAGGAAGCGUACACGCCCAGCUCUCUCGCGGAUAUUGUAAAGAUGUCGCCAUCUCCAGGACCGACUUCAAGGCCCGACAGUAGGAAGAUGAGUCGAAACGGAAGCUCACAAGGAUCAAAGAAUGGCGAGAACAGCGCAGCUGCUCAAGCAAUCCCGAGCCCCAAGCAUAUCCCCUGGCUGGAGACGGGUGACAGCUCCAACAAGGCGUAUCUCAAGGCACGCCAAGAGGCCAUUCGGCACAGUGCUCUUAGGAACAAGUUUUUGCAGAAUGCGGCACAGGCAUGGAACCGGCAGGACGCCCGGCAGGCCAAGGUAUUCAGCCUGCGGGGUCAGAGCGAGAACGACCUGAUGAAGAAGGCACACAGGGAGGCGGCGGAAAAGCUGUACGAAGAUCGCAAUAAGAAGAGCUCGUCGAGCCCGGAGAUCUACGUGGACCUGCACGGCUUGCACGCAGAGGAGGCUGUCGAGUAUCUGGAGCGGGUGCUCCUGGAGAACGAGCAUGAGAGCCGGCCGAUCUAUGCCAUCACAGGCACGGGGCAUCACAGCAAGAACGGGAAGGACAAGGUGGGCAAGGCGGUGCGGGGUUUCUUGAACGAGUGGCGGUAUGCGUUCCGAGAGUUCUCGGUGCCGGGCGACCGCAACAACAUGGGGGGCAUCCUGGGGGUGGACGCGCGGAGCUACGACAGGUCAGCGUCUAAGGAGGGCGGUGGUAGCACGAGGAAAGCAGAAGGGGGCGAGGAGGCGGUGGACAUCCUCAGCCAGGGGGUCGAGAUUGGGGACGGCAAGAUGAAGCUGUUGGUGAGGGAUACGACGAUUGGCAAAGAGCCGCCCAGGGGGCCUCGAGGUGGCCGAUGA